GAAUGAGUUGGGCUUUGGUUACGUAGUGCAAUUCCACGAAUUUCAUCAUCUUAUCUGAUAUUAACUGUUGAAUUUGUGAUCGGACGAUACUUUUGAAAUCCUUGUCAAACGACGGAUCGAUGAUGAGACAAACACAGCAGCCGCAGCAAGGGAUGGAGCAGCCGUCGAAAAUAUUCCUCAACCCGAAGUUUGCGAAAGCGCACAUAAAUCCCAAGUUCUUGGCAAAGCAGGAAACACUGCGCCCCGAAGAGUUGCCGCAGAACGUACCUCAGCCUCAAACGACGAUCCAUGUAAAUCCUGCAUUCUUGGAGAAACUGCGAACGCAACAGGUACCCGCAGGCGCACCAGCAACAGGGGCUACUCCGUUUUCGUCAUCCGUCCCUGCUGCUAGCCAUUCGCUCGCGAUAAGAACGCUUCCUCAUACACCGUGUGGGGUGGCGACCAAAACAUCCUAUGGACCUGCUAAUCCCAUCAUCAAAAAUACGAAGAGAAAAUUAAUACGAGCUGCCACAGCAUCACCUGUCGUUUCGCCAUCGAAGCAACCUUCCCACCAACUGCCGGAGCUGGCACCGAUGGUAAAGAUCGGAAAGAACAAAUUGAUCCGCAGCACCGUCCCGUCGAUGAUGGUGGGACUGGAGAACGUUAAACCAACCACCGUGAAUGUGCUGCCACAGAGGCGUAGCCUGAAAAUCGACCGACGAUUACCGAAAGCCAUGCUCAGGGACGUCCUUCCCGCGAAGCCGACCUUCGUGAAGCGGUACGCCCUGUCCAGGAUAGACGGGCUCACGACGAGGCGCGUGGUCAUAACCGAUCCUAAACUGUUGAAAUUAAAACGAAAAACAGCCACGAAAUCGCUCAACGAACCCGGUAGCAGCAAAGCGACAAUUGCGUACGCAUCGAAAAACAAGAAGCUGGUGCUCGUCAACAUCAACGGAGUGCUGUACCGUUCGUCGACAAAUAAAUUGCAGAAAUCAAUCCCGACAGCAAGACCAGCGGCCGCCCAGACAGUCCGAAAGGGAGCCAAGGAGCAAGUGCUCGUCAUUCGCGGGACACGCUUCGCCCUGGAUCGUACGGGAAUGCGGCUUCGUACGAUCGCUGGUGCAGGAGAUGGUGAAAGGAAGCUCGGUGGAUCGAUUCGUGCUCCCGAGCCUCACCGGAUGCAUCGUAUCGAUAUCGGUGGGCUUACGUAUAAGGCGCGAAAAGAUGGUACCUUCGUUCGGACGGAUGUACACCGAACGCGGAACCAUCUGAGCGUUGCCAAGCAACGCAGCAUCCAGGUGUUGACAAGCAGGCUGAGAAAGUGUAACGAACCGUGCCAUAUUUAUCGACGGCUGGGCAGGUGCUUGGCGCACAGCCGGGGCAAAUGUCCGAAGCUGCACGAUCCCAAGCACAUCAGCAUCUGCCGGAAGUUCCUGAGCGGCGAAUGUACGGUCGAAGGGUGCCUGCUGUCGCACAAUGUUACCCUGGAAAAGAUGCCCGUCUGUCGGUUCUUUCUUGAGGGCCGCUGUGUACGGGACGUCUGUCCAUAUCUGCACAAGAAGGUCAGCGAAAAGGAACGCAUUUGCGAUGCAUUUCUCAACGGUUUCUGUCCACUGGCUGAUAAGUGUCCCAACCGCCACGUGUUCCAAUGUCCCGGGUUUGAGCGAAAUGGUCGCUGUGAGCGCAUCAAGUGUCCCUAUCCGCACGGUCGUAAGGAAACUAAACCGAAACCAACAUCACCGCGGACUGCACCGGUGGAUUCGGAUUCCGAUGCGAGGAAACUGGAAACGACAGAAGUUCCCGCCACGAUCGCACCUGUUCGUUACUACCGGGAAGACGCCACCGGAGAAACGGGUGAGUUGAGUGUAAGUGAUCGAAAGCAGUUGACGCGUAUGCUGGGAGCGGUGGACAAAAUGAAAAAGCAGCACGGUGAGGACGCAGGAUGUGUAAGUAUUCAAACAGACGCUGCGACACCACGCGAAGCCGUAGCAUCACCUGAUGAAUCGCCGGAACAGAGCAUCGAAGGAGAAGCGUGUGCAGGAGAAGAGGAAACCGAAGAAGAUACUAGACCGCCGGUGUUACGGCGCAAAAAGCUUGGCACGUUACCAUCGUUUAUUCCGAUCUAAUGAUAACGUACCAGUACCGUGAUCUACGUUACGUGUUGUGUGCUUGUACUAUCGUGUUAUCGUUACAGUGAGUAAAAAAUAGUAAAAUUGUUUGGGCUAAUAACCGGUGGGAUGGGUUCGUCCCAUUCGCUUUAGUCAUUGAUCGAGGCAGAAAGAGAAAGAGUCGGAGUAGCUAAAUCAUGUUGUGUAAAGUGUACUUUUUAUUUUAGGUAGAAAUUUUAAAUAAAGAUUAGAACACAACA